AUGUUUAAAGCCAGACUUUUAAACACUCAGUUCAGGAGUUUCAGUACCAGUAUAAAGUUGGCCAAUAAACAAUCUAAAGCUAAGAUUGAUUCACAUUUAGAAUAUUUAUCGAAAUUUUAUUCACCAGAAUUAUUGCAAAGUAUUAAAAUCACCGAAUCAUUAGUUGAACCUGAUGCAUUAUUGAAAUUAAGUAAACAAGGUAUCAAUGCCAAAUCAGCCAAUCCACCUAAAGAAUCAAUCGAUUUCACUAAAAAUGAUCCAAAAUGGGAUGAACCAAUCUUAUAUCCAAAUCAACCUAAUAAACAAGCACCAUACCCUGCUAUACCACAAAUUCAAGCAGCUGAUAGAACUGAUUUAAAAUUAAGAUUUAAACCUACUGAAGAGAAAAGAGUGAAUCCUUUAAAGACACAUGCCCAAAUUGCUGAAGGAUUAGCCAAAUUAACUGGAUUAGAUGAAAGUUAUAUCAAAAGAUUACAAAUAAGACCUAUCGUAAUGAAAAGAGUUAGUUGUCAAACAUCUAAAGGUAAAAUUCCAAAUUUCUAUGCAUUAACCGUUGUUGGAGACAAAAACGGUAUGGUUGGUUUAGGUGAAGGUAAAUCAAGAGAUGGUAUGAGAACUGCAUUAAUCAAAGCUCAUUGGAAUGCUGUUAAGAAUUUAAAACCUGUUAAAAGAUAUGAAAAUAGAACCAUUGUUGGUGAUAUUUCGUUAAAAUAUCAUGCUGUUAAAUUAUUUAUCAAAUCAGCUCCUCAAGGUUUUGGUUUAAGAGUUAAUUCUAACAUUUUCGAAAUUUGUCAAGUUGCUGGAAUUGAAGAUUUAAGAGGUAAAGUUUAUAAAUCUAGAAACCCCAUGAAUGUCGUCAAAGCUUUCUAUCAUGCUAUAACCAAUCAAACUUCUUUAGAAGAUAUAGCUGCUGGUAGAGGUAAGAAGUUAGUAGACUUAAGAAAAGUCUAUUAUUCUGCUUAG